GCAGCGCAAAGUUUCUACCGGCUCAAUCGCUGUUAACUCCACUACGCAAUCAUGGUCAUUGUUUGACGCUAUUUCGGACCGCGACGGUACGAUUGACCUGGGCAGUGUUUUCCUCUGCUUGGUUUGCCUCUACAUCGGCUGAGCCCAGAUGUUCAUCAUGCCUAAUAUGAGGCUCGGGCGUCGUAGAGACUUUCCCCGUCUCGAUAUCUAUGAUCCAAUCGCCUUCCUUAGGCCAUACUUACAUCGCUGGAAGCAAUACCUCAACGCCUGGAUCGUACGGGAUCUCGGACCCGAGCUUGUAGACACCCUCAAACCGCAGAUCCUAGAAAUGCUGAAGCAAGGGCAGAUCGUGGAUGAACUGGUGCUGGUCAUGAUCCCGCUCUUGAAGCCUGAAAUCACCACUGAGCUUGAUCAAUCUUCCUUGGACGCGCUCAAGAACGAAUUGAAGCCAUUCAUCGAAAGCCCCAUUGUCUCAUUCGCCAAAGGGAAAGCUCGAGCCCCAGUACCCAAGAUAGAAGGGGAACCCACCGACGACACCUGGGCCGAAGCUUUUGACCUCGGUAGGAUUCUGGGUGAUUCGUUGCUAUCUGCACUCCCGGAAGAUGUGACACCGAUUGCGGAAAGCAGAAUGGCUACGCUGGAGGCUCUUCUCCGGGACGUCGUUGAAUCGCUCAAGGAACGCGUUCAGAUGGCGGAGUGGAAGACGGACCAAAUCCCAGUUCUGAAAUUACAGAUCGAGGAGAUACUUGCGAAUAUUGGCCAGGGCUCCCUACAUCAACAGCGGUCGCUCUCACAGCCUCACUUCUACCAGCACCGCGUGCUUCAGGAUCCCAGUUGGGUGCAACCGGGUCGUAUGCUAUCGUCUCUGAGAGCGGACCUAGCAAAGGUUAUGCUUCCAAGUUGGAACCAGGGAUUAUCACACAGGCCGCUUCCGGCUCUGGCCUUCAACCAACCACCCAGCUCGCUCCUGACGUCCAGCUUGACAACUGCGUCUUAGAAAGCCACGAUCGUCGGCUGACGGACCUCGAAGGGGCCCUGCACGUCGUGGCUCAACAUAUCCGCGAGACCUUGUUCGAUAAUC